UUCACAGACAUAAACGUCGGACUUGAGCGAUGAGCUACGCUGUUCAAUCCAAUUCAGUUAUUCCGUUACCGUGCAAUGAGUUUUACGCAAUCCCUCGUAUAAUCUUUUGAUUUUACGUGUACUUCUCUUCUUUCAAUUUUUUUUUCUACUUGCUUGUCUCGCGAUUUAUUAACAUAACUGAAUCGUUUUGUCAUAUUUAUUGAAACAUGAACGUGAGGCAACGAAAGCUUAGAACUGAAAAUGAAGAGGAGAAUGAAAAUGAAUAUGCGUCGCGCCAAGCGAAACCCACUAACCAGCCAGGAAGAAAGUACUUUACUAUUCUGCUAGUACUUGGUUCAUUGUUCUUAGGUUAUGUAGCUAUAGCAAAUGACUUGAAACCAAUCAGAAUAGGUAGCAAAGCCAUUGACACACUAGCGUUUUCCUUUAAUUUGCAAAAGCCAUCUUAUGUCGUCGUCAUUGACGCUGGAUCUACUGGCAGCCGUGUAUUGGCAUUUACUUUUCAUGAAUCCAUUCUCAAUGGCAAUUUAAUAUUAGAUAGUGAGUUGUACAAUGAAGUCAAACCUGGAUUGAGCACAUUUGCGGACAAUCCAAAAGAUGCUGCAAAAUCUCUGACCACACUUCUGAACAUAGCAAAAACAGUGAUUCCGGAAUCAGAAUGGUCUCGUACCUUGCUUACUAUGAAAGCCACAGCAGGAUUGAGAUUAUUGCCUGAACAUAAAGCCAACAAUAUACUAGAAGAAUGCAGAAAGUUGUUCCAAAUGUCUGGAUUCCAGAUUGCAAAGAAUUCUAUCUCUAUAAUGGAAGGCACGGAUGAAGGAAUCUUCUCUUGGUUCACUGUCAAUUUCUUAUUGGACCGUCUUAAUUCACUUAGUUCUCAAACCACCGUGGCUGCGUUAGACCUUGGUGGAGGUUCAACACAGGUCACGUUUCAGCCAGACAGUGUUCAAGCCAAAAAAUUGGAGAAACACGUUUAUUCCAUCAAUGUAUUUAACCAUAAUAUGAGUCUGUACACGCACAGUUACUUAGGCAUGGGUUUAAUGGCUGCCAGAAAAGCAAUUUUAACUCACGAUAUGAAUCUUGAAGAUGUGGAUCCCAAACUUCCCAUAGAAAUACAUUCCGAAUGUAUCAAUCCAAUCAUAUCCACUGAAUGGUCUUAUGGUGGACGUGAUUACAUUGUAAAAGGCCCGAUUAAUGGCACAUACAAGCUGGUGAAGACUCAAAAUUUUGCUGGUGGGGAUGAAAACAAGCCUAUUGUACGCUUUUCAGAAUGUUCAAAGAUCAUCGAGAAAUAUGUUGGCACUCUCGUUGACAAACCGAUAGGCUUAAAGAAUCAUGAAGUAUAUGCAUUUUCAUAUUAUUUUGAACGCGCAACGGAGGUAGCAUUAAUAGAUCCAUUUUUGGGUGGUAUCGUACAAAUGAGUGCAUUUUUGAAACAAGCAAUGGAUACUUGUGAUGAUCCGAAUGCAGAUCAACCAUUUAUGUGCUUAGAUUUGACAUUUAUUUAUGUUCUACUUAAAGAUGGAUUUGGUUUAGAACCUUCAACAACAUUGCAUCUUUAUAAGAAGAUUAAUGGCCACGAAUUAAGUUGGGCACUAGGGGCCGCAUUCAAUGUUCUUCAAAAUGGACUUUGACAUUAUGUUUUAUUAUAGUACUAUUAUCAUAUGAAUUUUACUAUUUAUCAUAUAAAUUUUAUUCUACAAUUAGACGUUGAAAAGAUGAAGGAAUUUACAAUCAAGAAGAGAAAACAGAUAAAAUUUAAAUUUUUUAAUAAAAACUUUUAUAUGAAUACUUGAAACUUGAAAAUAAUCGAUUUCCGCAUCGUUUAACCGCACAAUUGCCUAAUAUUAUAAUUGUACAACUUUAGUAUCCUACGAUAUAAAAGAAAACAGUAUUUAAUGUAUAUUUUUUAGGUACAAUUAUAUAGUAUAUUUUUAUCUAAAAUACCGUGUUAUCUUACAAAGACAUAUCGCCAUAAAUUUGUGAUAUUUUAUCAAAAUCUUUUUAACUGUUUUAUUCGGAUAUAUUAAACAAUUUAUCUAUUACAUUUGUUUUUAAUCUAUUUUUAGAAAAUACUAUUAAUGUAUUUGGUAUGUGAAUCAAUGACAAAGUUAAUUCGCGCCAUCCAAUAUUAUACAAAAUUCAUCAAAGUGUGAUAAUUAUAGGAAAUUGUGAAACUACAUGAAUGUAUUCUAAUACGGUAGUAUUGAUUUCAAAAUCGUUGAUUAAAAAUUAUAGAAGAAUUGAAAUUGCAUCUUUAACAUAUCUCGAGAUCGAUGCACAAGAACCACAAUUGUCCACAGUUAUCGCAAACUUAGUACAAAUAGAUUUACUCUCAAUGCCUACUGUUAAAAUAUAUUGAUGUAAAUAACGUUUGAUUUUUGUAUGUAUCAUUGUGUUGUGACAUUUUAUAGAAUUCCUUAUCAUUUUGAACUAUCGCGUUUACAAUCUUCGUAUUAUAAUGUGUGCAACGAUGUAACGAAUCAUACAUGUAACAAAUAUUGUUAAAUAGUACGACAUUUUACAUAAAAUUGGAGAUUUAUGAGUGUAUGUAAUGUGUGUAUAUAGUGCCUUUAAAAUGCUAUUUUUAAAUAAAGCGAACACAAAUUACGCUAUGUAAAUUA